UAAAUAAUAAUAUAAAUAAUAAUAAAUAAUAAAUANCAAGAUACUUUGAAUCUCAGAUUGAGAAUAUAAUGAUGAAUUUUAUUUAUGGAUUUCAUAAUGAAGAUAAUGAUGCAAAUACAAAUGUAUUUCUAUUUGGACCUUUAAAUGCUCCUUCACAAAGAGAAAAUUUACGUGAUAAAAUGUUAAAACCAAAUAAUAAUCAGACUGGAUUAAAAUUAGAUACAGAUUUAGAUGGAAAGAUUACUGUAGAUAAUUUUUCCAAUAUUUGGGAUGAACAUGACAAAUCAAAAUUUGAAAUAUCACGUCCUCGCAUAUUUGGAAAAUCCAUGAGGAAAGAAUAUAUUCGUAAAGCUGAUGGAACAAUAGAACAAAAACAAAUUAUUAAAGAUUAUGAAGGAAAUGAAGAAACUAUGAUAUCACAGCAAAUUGGUGAUAAAAUUCACACUAUUGUUACAAAAAUAGAUAAAAAUGGAGUAGAAAUAAAAACAGAAGAAUUUUGUGAUGUAAAUGAAUGUGAUUUAUUUGGAAAAAAGAAAUUAUCAUCAAAUGAAAAUAAUAAUUUUCUCGAUAGUGAUUUAAAUUUCUUUUCUUGGGAUAAAUUUUUUAAACCUAAUCCAAAAUUAUGAUAAAAUUAAAUAAAAUU